UAUAGUAUCUGUCGGCCGGAUAGGAGCGGAGGGUCCUCACUGACACGGAGUCGGAGACAUGGGCGCUGUGUGAUUAUUUCUUCUUUCAUGCAAAAACCUCUGCCGGAUUUCACUUUGCAGCCACACUGGUGUCUGACUGGACUUCUUCUACGGUUUCUCUCAUGUGUGGCUGAGAGAGUGUCUCCACAGUCGAGUAUGCUUUUAUCUCCGUCUUUGUUUGAUAUGAGACGGGAUUAAGAUCUCCGGAGUCCGCUUCAGUAACGGGAGGCUAAUUUAGGCUGUAGUCGAACUUUUUUUUGUAACUGGGCAGGGAUGUCUUCGGCCCGGGUGGAUUACAUUGCGCCCUGGUGGACUUACUGGCUUCACAAUUUCCCUCAUAUCAACCUGAGGUUUCAGCCCAUUGACAACAGCUUCCAGCCCGAAGAGGAGAACUACCAGCAGUCUCUCAUAUUCCUAGCCUGCGUGGCGGCUGCGGGGCUCGGCCUCAACCUGCUGUGUCUCGCCAUCUACCUGAGCUGUUUGUGCUGCUGCCACAAAGACGAAGAGGAGGAGAGCAAGAAGCCCAACUCCUGCUGCGUCACCUGGUCCGCUGUCACUGCCGGCCUCAUCACAUG